AUGGCCAAGAAACCGGGCACUCCAUUUACUGGUGCAUCACCUGCGAAAAUCGACUUAAUUGGCACCAUCUCUGCUUCGCUUAUGACGAUUGGAGCUCCCUAUACUGUUGCCUGGGCAAAAUAUUUCUGCCCUCAGGCGGUCUCACUUGUGGGUGGUGUUAUCUUUGGGCUUUCACUGAUUGCCGCGAGUUUCGGUACUGCGCUAUGGCACUUUCAAGUGACCCAAGGGCUACUUCUUGGCAUUGGAACCUGCUUGUCUUUCGUGGUCCCUGUUACCGUCGCUCCAAGUUGGUUUGCAAAUCAUAGAGGCCUUGCUAUGGGUAUCAUACUGUCUGGCACCGGCAUAGGUGGUUUGGUCUGGGCACCGGCUCUUCAAGCCUGCGUGGAUGGAAUUGGAUUCCGAAAUAGUCUACGCUUGACCGGUGCUCUUUCCUUUGCUCUUAUAUCAACUGCUAGUGGUGCAAUGGCUUGGGAACCUAGCACCAAAGCACGAAUCGAGACCGAAAACUCCGCUCGGGCAAGACGCAUAGACAGCCUGUUGAGAGUGCCGCUUGUGGACUUUAGAAUCGCAAAAACAAAAAGAUUCUUUGCUCAAGCUCUUGGUGCAAUGUUUCAGUCAGCAGCCUACUAUAUUCCCGUGUUUUUCUUUGCUUCUUAUGCUCGAUCACUCGGUUAUAGUGAUACUGCCGGUGCCAAUUUUGUUGCCAUCAGCAAUGCUUGCAAUGCUAUUGGCAAAAUAGCGAUUGGUUAUGUUGCUGAUCGUGCUGGUCGACUGAAUGCGUUGUUUCUGACUACGCUCUUAAGCGCCGUUUUCACCAUUGGUUUCUGGCUACCCUCCACCUGUGGCAAGGAAUCAGCAGACUCGAAGGGCCUUUUCAUCGCCUUCACUAUCCUCUAUGGGACCUUUUCUAGCGCAUACGUCUCCCUAUUCCCGAUCAGUCUUGUUGAACUAUUUGGCGUACAGAAUUUUGCCUCCGUGAACGGCGUAUUGUACAUGAUGCGUGGCAUCGCCACGAUGAUUGGCACGCCUGUUGGCGGUGCAUUUAUCAGAGGUACGGGUAACACGUCUCAACCACAGGAUUUUUUUGGUAUGUCAUUAUUGGUUAGUUGUCUUCUUUUUGCAGCUACGGCGGCUGUACUUUGGGUGAGGUUAGAGGUUUUUAUAGGAGCGAACGGAUUUUCGGGCGGGAAAUGGCGCCAAUAG